UUUAUUUUUUGGGUCUUUACGCAAAGCUCUCGCACCUGUCUAUAUUCACGCUCAUCUCCUCUCUCUCGCCGGUUGGUCUCCUUUCCGUUCGAAGCCUUGCAUCGUCUGCCCGGCGUCAGUGUCUCCGUGGAUGGGUCUAGCAGAAGGCAGUCCAAGCGACUUAGAGGUAUCUCGUCGUCGUCGUCUACGGGUACUAUCUAUCGUCGUUCUCUAUUUUAUUUUUUAAAUUGUUUUUUUUGUAUGUUUUGUGGUGUUUUAUCUGGGUUUCUGUGGUAAAUUGCCGUAGCUAUGGGAUUGGUUAGGGUUUUGGAGUUUCGAUUUCUUGUGCGGUCCUAGUUCUUGUGUGUUUUGGGGUUUGUGUCCGGCGAGCUCGUGGAUGUCCGGUGGUUUGGUGGGUUACAAACUGGGCGGCGAGUGUUCUUCUUCAUUUUUUUUUGGUUUAUGUUGUGUUUUUUUUUUUUUAAUUCUCUGUGUAUAUACGAUACCAUAUUUUAAAUUGUAAGCCAGUGCACCAAUCUGGGCCCUUUAUUUAGUUGUUUGAACGAUCUCAAUUUAUUAGUUUUAUAAUCUUGGAUUUUUUUUUGCCUGAAUUUGUCAUGGUUAUGUUUAUAGAGUUGUUUUUGUCUUUCAUUUACAUAUAUAUUUGUGUGUAAUUAGCUGUUGUCAUCAGAUGCAGCCAAAAUACGAGUUUCUCAGUUCCCAAUUCAAAGAAUAGUGUAUCAAAGUUGAAACCAACAACGUCAGUUUAAAUAAAUAGGCUAUUCUUGAUGUUAAUAUUAUAUCUGUUUAUAUAUAUGUGUGCAUCCGCGAUUAAUAUUAAUACAGAACAAAGAGUAAAAGAAGAAAAACCGGCAGUACCAUGCCAGAAUGGCGAUGAACAGAGUGAAUUCUUCUACUCGAUCCGGGCAAUAUCAUCCUCGAGGCUAUCAACUUCUCCACUCCCUACAAUUAAACCCCCUCAGAUAAAUCAUGAAAUCCAUAAUUCAAUCACCAACUUCAAUCACUAAACGGACAAACCGGCACCGGAGAGGGAUGAGCGCGCUAGCCAAAACGGAGGAGGCCGCCUUCCUUGCGUCGCUGAGCGCAGAACCGUCUGAUAGAAGAGAAACUGAAGAUACACCGCAAGGGGGAAUGGGGUUUAACCCAUGGAGAUACAAGUUUCUUCUAGUAGUUCAUGCCUUCAGGGCAAUGAGCAAAGAGACUUGGGAAAAGAAGAUGGGGGCUUACAAGAAGUAUGAAUUUUAUGAGGCUGAGAUAUUCAAAGCUUUUGAAGUUGUAUACAGAAAGAUUGGCUCUUCUCUAUUGAUCAUGACCUGCAUAUGAAGAGAGAGCCAGAUACUCUUUUAUCUCUUUUAUCUGCCAAGGUGUACAUUUCACCAUUUUUGCCUAGAAUAUUGGUUGUUAAUAGAUGACAUUUAGGCUUUCACACAACCAAGAUGUAACUGAAGUGACUCAAUUUAAUUAAAUGGUUGCUUUCUUGCCAACAAUUCAUUACAUGUGUAAUGUGUUUAAAUCAAUUUCCUCCAAAAGUUGGUUUUCUUCUCAUUGUAUAGAAGUAUCAGAAUUUGUGUGGUUC